AUGCAUAGUUCUCGUUUCAGUAUUCUGACAAACAAGACUGCCAUUCUGGCAGUACAAGCUCGUGACGGUGUUCCACCCUUAGUUCCGCUUGUCGUAGAGGAUGCGUUGGGCCGAAAGGCGUUCAGUACACUGACGGUGAACGUAGUGGACGUAAAUGACAAUGCGCCAACGUUCGUCGUGGGGAAGUACACAACAUCUGUAUCGGCGACAGCUCGUGAAGGAGAAACCGUUCUGAUGGUGUUGGCAACCGACGAUGACGUUGAUGACACCGUGGAAUACACAAUAAUGGGGGAUGAUCCAAUGACCCAAUCAUUCCGACUACAUCCUCGUCACGGCACAUUGUCAAUCGUGAAGUCGCUGGACUCACUUGUUGGCACCUCGGUAAAUCUCGCCAUACGCGCUACUGACCAAGCUAAUCCACCUCAUCAUGCCACCACUCAGGUCUCGAUCUCUGUACUACCAGAAGAGGUCGCUAUCCCAAAGUUCACAAACAGUCACUACCUCUUUGUCAUUCCUGAAGAUUCAGCUGUAGGAACUGUGAUAGGAAAGUUGCAGCAGAAUGAAGGUAAAGAAUAA